GGAGCUGGUUCCAAGGCGGGGUCUUUAACGCGGACAAGGGGCGCACAGCGCGCGUGCGCGGGCCGAGGGCGGUGGCUCGGGCUCUUGGUGGGUGCUGUUUCCCCCUUCGCACCAGCGGUGUGGACGAGAACCCAGCGGAGAAACGUGACUGAGAAAUGGAGAGGGAAAUGGAAGGUUAAAGCAGCAGCUAUGCGCAGAUCCCAGGGGAAGGAUGGCAACACCAGGUGACUGCCCCGGAAGUGAGCUGCAGGAGGGGGAGGACCCUGUGGAGCCGGGCGAGGAGGAGCACCCCCAGGGGACCGAGUGCCUGGAGGAGUUCGUGGCCAUCGCGGACUAUUCUGCCACCGACGAGACGCAGCUCAGCUUUUUGAGAGGAGAGAAGAUCCUCAUCCUGAGACAGACCACUGCAGACUGGUGGUGGGGCGAGCGGGCCGGCUGCUGCGGGUACAUCCCAGCGAACCACCUGGGGAAGUGUCUGGAGGACUGGGGCCCCGAGGACUCCUGGCAGGACGAGGAAUACUUCGGCAGCUACGGGACCCUGAAACUUCACUUGGAGAUGUUGGCAGACCAGCCGCGAACGACUAAAUACCACAGUGUCAUCCUGCAGAACAGAGAGGCCCUGAGAGAUAAAGUGAUUCUGGAUGUUGGCUGUGGAACCGGGAUCAUCAGCCUCUUCUGUGCACAUUAUGCUCGGCCCAAAGCGGUGAGUAGGCGGCAGCUGCCCUCUGAGCCGGAUCCUGGCGAGGGUUCCACCGUGUGCCAGGCCUUGCAGGUGUACGCGGUGGAGGCCAGUGAGAUGGCCCAGCACACAGGGCAGCUGGUCAUGCAGAAUGGCUUCGCUGACAUCAUCACCGUGUUCCAGCAGAAGGUGGAGGACGUGGUGCUGCCGGAGAAGGUGGAUGUGCUGGUGUCUGAGUGGAUGGGGACCUGCCUGCUGUUUGAGUUCAUGAUUGAGUCCAUCCUGUAUGCCCGGGAUGCCUGGCUGAAGGAGGGCGGGGUCAUCUGGCCGACCUCGGCCGCCCUGCACCUCGUGCCCUGCAGCGCCGACAGAGACUACCGCAGCAAGGUGCUCUUCUGGGACAACGCCUAUGAGUUUGACCUCAGCGCCCUCAAAUCUUUAGCAAUUAAGGAGUUUUUUUCGAAGCCCAAAUAUAACCACAUCUUGAAACCAGAAGACUGUCUCUCUGAGCCCUGCACCAUCUUACAGCUGGACAUGAGAACGGUGCAGAUCACCGAUCUGGAGACGAUGAGAGGCGAGCUGUGCUUUGACAUCAGGAAGGCAGGCACCCUGCACGGGUUCACAGCCUGGUUCAGCGUCCGGUUUCAGAACCUGGAGGAGGACGAGCCACAGCUGGUGCUGAGCACGGGCCCGCUGCACCCCACCACCCACUGGAAGCAGGUGCUGUUCAUGAUGGACGAGCCCGUCUCGGUCCACGCGGGAGAUGUGGUCACCGGUGCAGUUGUGCUACAGAGAAACCCAGUGUGGAGGCGGCACAUGUCUGUCACCCUGAGCUGGUCCAUCACUUCCAGACAAGACCCUGCGUCGCCGAAAGUUGGGGAGAAAGUCUUUCCAAUCUGGAGGUGACAGGGCAAACAAGCUCUGUCUGGAAGGCAGCGUGUGGUCCUGGAGGCUCGGACGUGACCAGCGAAGACGCGCCCGGAUGGGAACGUGUCCUGUGAGCCGCCACUUUCUCUCUGAUGGAGUGACAACAGCCUUGCCCCGGGCUCCACGGGCUUGCCGUGUCACUGCCCUGUCCGUCCCUAGAAGCAGGCUGUGUGCCUAGUGUCCACCUGUGGGUAGCUGGUGGCACAGUGUCCCUGAGCUAGGUCUAGUUCUGAGCUCACAGGACACAGACGUCAACCAUGUCCUCCUGUGAAGGUGGCUGUUUGUGCACCGUGUGUCCAUGUGCUCUUCCUGUCCCUGGCUCAGCCGCCCAGCUGUGGGGCGUGCGGGGCUGGAGGUGCAAUGAAUGCGAUGCGGCUCUGCAUGGGGUGGUCCGGCUGUAGCGAUGUCUUCCAGACGAAUUACGUGUUGGCACAUAGUACAUGCUCAAUAAAUAUUUUUUAAUAAAUGAA